UCUCUCUCUCUUUGUUUUCUCUCUCUUUGUCAAAAAGCUAGAAAUUUCAACCAUUUCUGUCGCCGGUAGGUAUCGCAGCUUCGACUCUCACCGACGUUGUUCUCCGGUGAUAUAUCCGACUGAUGCUCUUCUUUUAUUGUACUGAAUAUGUGCUGUUCGACUAUCCAUUUCCUUGUACCUAUUUUCUAACUUAGGGUUUUGAAAGGGAACAAGAAGAAAACGUAAACUAUGGUUUUUUUGGUUAUUUGGUUUUGCUUGUAAAAAUUUACUUGUUUAUGCAGCUGGAUUAGUUAUUUUAGAUGUUAUAUUUAGAUCUGUAGGUAGACACUGUUGUUGUAACGGGAUUAAUUUUAUCAGCUAAAAUCUAGGGUUUCCGAAAGUGCGGUUUGGUAAUCUGCAAGCAUUUGAAGAAAGCUCCGAAGUUAUGAUGUUUGUUAUGCUUUCUGUAGAUGUAGUGGUUAACUGUGUAUGUUCUUCUUGCUUACAAGCUGGAGAAUGAUUUUCUGAUUAGUGACUGGAGAGGCUGAGGUGACAGCUUUGUUUUAUGAUCGUCUUUUGUUUAAUCUGUUGUGGUGGUUGUUAGUUAAGUAUGAAGAGAUUAAAGUCGAGUGAUGAUCUUAACUCCUAUGGAGGGGAAAAAGGUGUUUUUAAGGACUGGGGAAGAAAAGAUGAUGAUCCAAGUUUGCACCAGUCUUCAUCACACAGGAGUUUUCAUUACAAGUCUGAAAGUGGGAAAAAAGGGUUAUCCUCUUCGUCUGCACGAUAUGAACGGGUAGAGGAUGAUCGAAAGAAUUCAAGGUUGAUCCGAAAGAGGCCUGACUAUGAUGUUGAUAGUUAUGAGAGGAGAAAGAGUUAUGACCGGUAUAGGGAUAGUAGUGAGAGGGGAAUCUUGAGUUCAUCUCCUCGUGGUGGAUAUGUUGGUGAUAGGAUACAUAGAUCUGAAAGUUUUUCAGGGCCAAGGAGAGAUUUCCCCAAGGGGUUUAGAUCUGAGAGAGAUCGGUCUCGACGAGAGGGAAGUGUCUCUUCUUGGCGGCGGUUCAGUGGAGGGAAAGAUGUGGAGGAAGGGACAAAGAGUGGCAGUGAUUCCGCAAGAGGAAGUAAAGCAGCUUCAGAAGAAAUGGGUAAUGUGAGGUCUCCACAGGGAGGGAGAGAUGCAAAGUCACCAGCCUGGUCAAAGGACUCUGGAAGCGAGCAAUCAAAGAGUGUCGAAGUGAAGAAGAGUGAAAGUCUUCCGGCAGAGAGUGGAAAUAAUAGUGAAAGGGAAGAAGGAGAACUUGAACCUGAUCCUGAACCUGCUCCUAUUGUUGAGAACAGAGCUGAUGAUCUACCUUCUGGGUCAUUGAAUGCCAGCCAGGAGGUUCAACAUGAAAAUCACACUGAUGACAAAUCUUCAGAAGAUAGGACAAAGCUAAUGCCGAAAGAAGAGAUUAAGCCUGAACAAACACAGAUUGUUGCAGAGAAAGCUGAUGUUGAAGAACUAGAAACUUCUCACAAUGUAUUGAACAAAGUUAGCAACUCAUCAACUUCUCAGGAUUCUUCAACACAAAGACCAGGUGAAAAUGGAGUUGCAAUUCCAUAUUUGUCAGAUAAUGAAAAGAAGGUUGCAGAACCAAUCCAAGAUUAUAAUGAUCAUGAAGAGGAAACUAUGGAUGUUUCUGCAAGUUUGAACCCCGAGGAAAUAAAACCAAAACAAGACAAUGAUGCAUAUCUUGAAGUCAAGGAGGAAAAUAUGAAUAUGCAUGGACAGGUAAUAGGGAAUGCAGAACGUCAUGGUGCACCUGGAGUUGUUAAUCAUUCUCUUGUGACAAAGGAACUGACCAAAAAUUUUAAGGAUAAGGGCAAAGGUGUUCUUGUUUCUGUUUCUAGUGGCAAUGAUCCCUUGGAAAAUAGUUGUAGGGUCGAGAACGAAUCAAGUGGUUUCUUGACCAGCAGAGAGAUUGACAUUGAAGGACCAAGCACAAGGGGUUUUGAUUUGUUCUUUACAGACCCUGUUAAAAAGCCUGAAAAUAUCGACAAAAAAGGAGUAAGCAAGCCAAAAGAUGAGAAACUUACUUUGGAACCACUUGAACUUUCUCUGCGUUUACCAAAUGUUCUUCUGCCAAUUGGUUCCCAGAACCCGGUUCAGGCUCCAGAUUCCCCAAGUCAGGAGAUGAGCAUUCAGUCUCAUGCCAGCUCUUUCCAGACAAGUUCUGAUGGAUUUACAGUAUCAAGAUCUUUUUCUGGUUCCCAGCACUUCACCCACAACCCUAGCUGCUCUUUAACUGAGAAUUCAUUUGAUUUUGAACAAUCUGUUGGCAGCAGGCCAUUGUUUCAGGGUGUGGCCUGGCAGGUUCAGCCUUCAGAUGAGCAAAAAAAUGCAGAACCUCCCAUGCACCAAAGAAGCCUUUCAAAUGGAAAUGGUAUUUUUCAUCAAUCUCAAACAUCUCAGGCCAUUGCAAAUGUUCAGUCUGUUCAAUCACAUGGUGCUAGAGUUGCAGAAGGAAGUUAUAAAUUACCUCUUGGACUUGAGAGGCAGCUAAGUAGUAAUAAUAAGCAGCCAUCAGGAUCACACUCGAGGCACCGGAGUGAGAUAAGAUCCCCAACGCAGAGUGUUGGAUCUCAUGAAACUGGUUCAGAAUAUCAUAAAGAUAGGAAGCGUGUUAUGAGAGAGGUUAUUGGUACUUUAAGUAAGAGCACUAAUAGUGGUUCGGUCGACUUGGUUGAGCCCCUUCUUGCAAUGCUAGUUUCAGAUCCAUUGCACAUUGUGGCCAGAAUAUUAAACGACAUGACAGGACAGUCUCUAGCAAGUUUGAAAGAGUCUGCCCGUGAUGUCAUCUUGAAUCCAAGUAAGCGAAGACAGCUUUCUGCUUUUCGUAAAGCACUAGAGAAGAGAUCGGAUAUUACUUUGGAGAUGCUACAGAAGGCCCAUAGUGUGCAGAUAGAGAUACUGGUGGCAUUAAAAACCGGUAUUCAAGAUUUUCUCCAGACAAAUUGUGAUAUAUUAUCUUCUGAUUUGGCAGAAAUAUUUUUGAACUUAAGAUGCAGAAAUCUCACCUGUCGAAGUUACUUGCCUGUUGAUGAAUGUGAUUGCAAAAUUUGUGUGCAGAAAAGUGGUUUUUGCAGUGCUUGCAUGUGUCUAGUAUGUUCAAAGUUUGACUUGGCUUCCAAUACUUGUAGUUGGGUAGGAUGUGAUGUAUGUCUGCAUUGGUGUCACACUGACUGUGGCUUACGGGAAUCUUUUAUUAGAAAUGGUCGUAGUGCCACUGGGGCUCUAGGACAAACCGAGAUGCAGUUUCAUUGUGUUGCCUGUGAUCACCCUUCUGAGAUGUUUGGUUUUGUGAGAGAGGUUUUUCAGAAUUUUGCCAAGGGGUGGACGGCCGAAACAUUCUCAAAUGAGCUUGAAUAUGUUAGAAGAAUUUUUUCUGCCAGUGAGGAUAUUCGAGGAAAACGUCUUCAUGAGAUCUCCCUCCAGAUGCUGACUAGAAUGUUGAACAAAUCAGAUCUUCAACAAGUACGAAGUUAUAUAAUGGGUUUCCUUACUGAUGAUGAUGCCUCCAAAUCGGACAACAUUCAAAUCUCACAAGAGAAAGAAGCCUUAAAACAAAACCAAGGAGAGCGAAGUAACGACGUUUCCAAAAGCAGCCAAGAAGCCGCGUUGUGGAUGAAAUCCGUAUACGCAGAUAGACAACCUCAACUGAAAACCGUCAGCUCAGAGCUACAACGAGUCGCUUCAAUUCCACGAGAACCGGUUUUCGACGAGUUAGAUGGCAUCGUCCGCAUCAAACUGGCAGAGGCUCAGAUGUUUCAAAUGCGUGCAGACGAUGCAAGAAGAGAAGCGGAAGGUCUGAAUCGCAUUGCACAAGCAAAAAACAAGAAAAUCGAGGAGGAAUUCGCGAGUCGGGUUGCGAAGCUACAUUUGUCGGAGGCGGAGGAAAUCAGAAGACAAAAACUAGAAGAACUCCAAGCAUUAGAAAAUGCUCAUCAGGAAUAUUUCAAUAUGAAGGUGAGGAUGGAAAGAGAGAUCAAAGAUUUGCUUUUAAAGAUGGAAGCCACAAAACGCAACUUCAGUUGAAUAUAUCAUCAUCAUCUACUGCUUCUUUUCUUGGGUAAGUUUAGUGCACUUUUACAUUUGUAGGUUUUAGUUUUCCUGCAAUUAUAUAUGCUCUUAAAAGACAGAAUGUACAGAAACUGCCCUUUUAUGUUAGAUAUAAUUCCCAGUUAAGAUACAAUCAUAACAGUUCAUGUUCUGUGCAACUUUUAAAAGCACACUUUUGAGC